AUGGAACUUUCUGAAGGUAUUAAAGGUUUCCAGGCUGUUCUUCAGCAAAUGAAUAAACUCAUAAAUUACCCAAGUGUACUUCAGGCACAGACUGAAUUAGAGGAGAAGCUAAGCAGCUUGUUCAAGUGUAGCAUCACAGAGAUUUUGCAUACCUGUUGUUAUUCGGUGCUCCGAGAUGAUUACCUGGUUUGCCAUAUCAUCCUGGAUUAUGAACUGGAACAGAUUCUUGUCCAACUGAAAGCUUUGAUCAAAUCCUAUGAACUAAAAGGAAAUAUUGUUCAGUCAUUGCUAGAUCAGAGUAUGAAGCCACAAGACGUUCAAACGAAUCCUGUCCGCAAGCAGUUAAUUCUUCUUUUGGAAAACUUUGAAAAGCAAGCACAAUCACUAAACAUGGAAAAUUAUAUAUUUGAUCAUGUUCAUCAUUUUAUUACGUACAUUGACACUCUGGCAAAAGUUAUUGUUCAAAGCAUAAAUUCAGACUUG